AAAAAGACAGACAGAUGGUGUGUGUGGAGUGUCUGGGUACAGGAUGGGUGUGGUGCUGGAAGUGAUAUUCACUAUGUUCCUGGUGGCUGGUUUGGCUCAUUCAGAUGAGAAGUCUGGAAAUGUUACCAUUGGCCCAGGAAUCCCAAGAGAUAUUGACAUGAAUAACCCAGGUGCUCAAAAUGCCACCCUAUUUGCAAUCUAUGACUACAACAAUCGAUCAAAUGACAUCUACCUGUUUAAAGUUCAGAGGAUACAUAGAGCUCAGGUACAGGUUGUUGCUGGACUGAAGUAUAUUCUGCAUAUUGAUAUUGGAAGAACAGUCUGUCGUAAAGGAAAGCCAUACAACUUCAAAUCCUGCUCCUUUCAAACAAGUCCACCACUGAUUAAGACACUGGCUUGUCUCUUUGAAGUAUGGGUUAUUCCAUGGAGACAGAUUUGGAGGGUGAUCGUAAUGAACUGCCAAUAAAACUUCCUGGAUCCAUUUUUCCCUCCGUCUAGCCCACUACAUCUCAUAAGAUUUCCAGAAUGGCAAAGUCACUUUCCUAUAAUCACACUGUAGUUGCUAUUGAAAACAUACAGCUUAAAGAUGAUCCAGUUUUCUCCAGGAUACAGGAAGAACUCCAACUAAUGUAGAAAUGACUGUGUUUGCAUCCUGGAGUUUACCACUGGUAGUGUUGGUGGCUGUGCAUUCAAUUUUCACAAGUACACUCUCUCUUUCAAAGACACUGACUGUCUUAUUGCAAAUGGAUUAUUGUCCUAAAAUUAGACCUGCAUUUAUGUAGCACCUUUUUCAUUCUUUCAUGCAAUGAAGUAUUUAAGAAUAGCCACCAUUAUGUAGGGCAUACAGCAGCUCCCAUAAACAAUGUGAUCUUGAUAAGAUUGUAUAUUGUAGUUAAAAUAUAAAUGAGGACCAGACCACUGAGCAAAACAUUCCGAUCCUUUUCAAAACAGUGUAAUACAUCCACCUGAGAGACCAGAUUUAAAAGGUGGCACCUUGGACAAUGCAGUAUUUCCUCAGUGAGUGCUAGCCUUGAUUAAUCCUCAGAAUGGACAAACUCCUAACGUGGUAAACCUACCACACCAUACCUGACAGUCAAUGGAAGAUUAUCAGCACUCAUCCAACUGUAAUGUUACCCUGAGAGGAUCUGCAUCACUAAAGGGUAUCAUUAACAGUUGGGUGAGUGCUGAUAAUUUUCCACAGCCUCUGCUACCACCCAAGGCUAAUUUCUACCACUGGAAAUGUACAAUGCAACCUGGACACAUGCAAACCUGGCCAUCAGGAAGCCUUCCUUUUGUCUGAUACUAACUGGCCUGAGUAUGCUCAGUAACUUUGGAAAUACUCUCUUGCAAGGGCUAUUCAAAACAGGUUAUUUAUAAGGUUCAGUAUAUUAUUCAAAAGGAGUUGGCUGUGGCUCAGUGGUAUUUAUUCUUGCCUUUGCCAAUGAGAUUAUGGGUUCUGUCCCACUCCCGAGUACUGCACUGUCUAAUGGGCUACCAUUCAGAUAUCUGCCUUCACAGAUGGAUGCAAGUGAUCACGUGACACUGUUUUGUAGAGCAGGGGAAUUCCCCCCAGUGCCCAGCUGAUCCUUAUUUUGCAAUGAUACUUAAGAAAUAAAUCAUUUGGUUGUUACACCCU